AAUGGUGGAAUUAAUAUUUUAUAUUUCCUCAUUUCUCCUAAUUAAUUUAUUGCCAGUUAUUGCACAUUCUCAUUUACUUUUUGAUUCUAAAAAUGGAAGAGCUGAAGUGGAAGAUUCUCCUUAUUUAAUAAGACAUCCACAUUUGUUAGCUGAUUUUUAUAGUCAAGUUGAAUUGGUACAAGAACUUGCAGAAUUGAAAACAUCUGUUAGACAUCAACAGGUUUUAAUAGAGAAAAGAUAUGAUGACGAUGAUCCUCAAAUUGAGAAUAAAAUUAGAGCAACAAAUUUAGAUUGUAUUAGAAGUAAAAAUUUUGAACUUCAACCAGAAAAUUUCCUAACAGUUUACCCUUUUGAUUUGGUGUUAAUUGAUGGAAAAUAUGAAUUAAAAUCGAUUGUUUUAAAACCUUUUGGAGAGCAAUUCCAAUUUUCUGUUAAAGAAGUAGAAGAUAAAGAAAUUGAUUGUGGAGUGAUUAGCAAUGAUUAUCAAAAAAUCUCUCAAGAAUUUUCUUCAUCUUCUGAAAAUUAUGAAGAACCUGGAUUGGCUGAAGGAAUUAAAAUAGAAGAAAUGAAGUUAUUUAAACAUAUAAUUUCAUUAAUUCUUUCAAAUACUAAAAAAGAGGAAAAUAAUGAACAAAAUAAUAAUUUAAUUAAAAAAGCAAUUUAUUUUGCACAUUUUUAUUGGAGACUUAAAGGAAAUCCUCAAAAUGCAUUAAAUUGUUUAUUUAAUUAUUUAUUAAUGGAGAAGGAUAAUAUUCCAGCAACGUUUCAACUUGGAAUAAUUCAAUUACGAUUGGGCAACUAUAAACGGGCUAUUGAACAUUUAGAGUUUAUAAACAAUAAAGUACCAAAUUGUGCAAAAUGUCUUCUUCCUUUGGGUGAUGCUUAUGUUCUUGAUGGUAAUUUCAGUGAAGCAAUUGAUACUUUUGACAAAGCCCUCAGACUUGAAACUGAUUUAGAUUUGGCUUUGACGAAAGUUUCUCUUCUUCGUUGUAUAAAUAAAAUAUUUGAAGUAAUGGAGAAUCAACAUGAAAAUCUUUUAGAUACAAUUAAAGAUGUUGAAAUGUUUAAAGAAAAAAUGCGAAGAAUUUAUCAAUUAGAGGAGCUAAUAGAGUCAAAUCGGGCACCAGUGGAAGCUAGGUUACAAGCAAAAUUGGCAUAUGAACAUUUUGAAUAUGGAGCGCUUCCUUUUGCCAAUUGUCGCGAAGGCAUUCAAUGGAACGGUGGUAGGAGAGAACGGAAACGUUUAUUCUGUACAGUAAAUAAUUGGAAAUUAUAUAAUGAAUCAUUAAAUAAACAAAGAGAAAAAGUAAAAGCUGGUAAUAUUUUUAUAAAAAAAUAUUUUUUUAAAGUAAUUUUUUUAGAAAUUGAAUUAAUUAUUAAUCAACAAUUUGAAGCCUCGCCAGAAUUAAAAUUUGUUGAAUUAGAUCGUUUAAAAAGAAAAGAGAAUGAUGAAAUUAGGGAAGAGAAGAGACUUUCUGAAUGGAAAGAAUAUAUUUCUAAAUUAGCACCUUUUGUUGGAAUUGGAUUAGAAAUGGAUGAACCUCAAUUAAUUCCUAAAUAUCCAAUUUUAGACAAACAAAACGAGGCAAGUUUCCCAUUUUUUAAUCCGUCUUGGCCAUCUAUUCACGAAUGUCAAGAAGCUGUUAAUUCUGGUACAUUAUCUUUUGAAACUUCUUUCAAUGACUUUAAGUCUCCACAAUUGUUUAUCUCACCGGAAAAUAAGGGAUUUAUGUGGGUUUUUUGUUUUAAGAAAAAAGAAAAGAGAAAAAGAGAGAAUUAA